CUUCUCAGCAUCCUCUUAGCAACCAACAAAAAACAGUCAAAAAUGGACCUCAGUGUUGGAGUAGAGAGUCCUGCCAGUUUUCUGGAGAAGGAGCUAUUUGAGAUCCUGUUACCUGGUCUCGAGGAAACACUGAAAGUUGCAAAGAGCACAGAGAGGAGGAAGCGAUUCAAUGCAUUGGAUUACCUAGUUGAGUAUCUAUACAGGCACAAUCCUAAUCACCAUGAUCGAGAAAGUUUGAGCCUUAAAGACAUUCCAUUUGUUAAAGAAGAAUGGGAAGUAAAUCCCCGCCCCCCUCUCCCACUGUCAGCCACCCUCACAGAGGAACAGGCAGCAGUCAUCAUACAGGCACACUACAGAGGGCACUUGGCUAGGAAACAAGGAAAUGCUAAACUGUUCAGGUCAUGGAAAAAAGAAGUAGAAAAGGAGAAAUCAGCUAUAAAAAGGAUACAAAAGAAAUGGAGAAAGAUAUCAGCUACCAAGAGCUUUAUAUCUCGAACUAGAAAGCAACCAACACUGUCACCAAUUCCACCGUCUCCAAUUAAUGAAGAUGAACGACCAUGGAGCAUAGCGCACGACAGCCAAACACACUCUACUGUAGAUAGUAAUUUAUUGCAAGCAAACUCAGUUAUGAAUGUUGACAAUAAGUGAAAUACACUGUGUGCAUAAAAAUGAGAUUAUUUGAACUCAAAA